CCAGUUAAUUCAGGCAGACAUUAAUAUCCAAGCUGCACAAGUAUACUCCCCUCCAUCCUACCUAAAAAGAACAUGUACCUGCUGUUUGUCUAGGCCUUCCAACAAGUCAAUGUGAUCCUUGUGUUACAUGAAAACCCCACACGCUAGAACUCUCCCCCGGAAUAAUUAUGGGCACACUCCAACGACGACGACAACAACAACAACAACCACCACCACCACCCUGAUCAGUGAGGUCGUCUUCACCGAACGGAUGAUCAAGGCAUCCGGUUGCGGCUAUAUCCCCUGCAGAGAGAGGAGCAGGUGGUGGUGGUCUAUUGGGCUUAGCCACUGUGAUGUCCAUAGGGAACUGCUUGAGUCGUCCAUAUGCAGCACGGCGCUCUUGAGACAAGCGCUUUGACGCAGCCACCUCCGGAAACUUUCCACGCACUUCUAAUGAAGCAGACUCGAUAUCUCCAUACAGAUCGCCCCCUGUCCCAGCGAGUUGCACAUUAGGCGCCCAAGAGCACGAGAACAGAUGCUCCCGUUCUACCCCAGG